CCGCACCCCCAAAGUGAAAGACACUUGACAGCAGUUUAGCUUGCAGAAACACCCAGAAACAGAAAGAGCGCCGAUACACGACAAGAAGAAGAAGAAGAAGAAGAAGAAGAAGAGGCGGUUUAUGCUAUUUUGUGUGCGGCUCCCUGACCUGAGUUGAGAAUGGUCGGAGAUGUAAACGGAGGCGGACUCGGUUCAACGCUGUCGUCCCCAGCGUUGGCGGAGGCGCAGUACGUCAAGGCCAAGACGUCUGUGUGGUGGGACAUAGAGAACUGCCAAGUUCCCAAGGGCAGCGACGCGUACGCGAUUGCCCAGAACAUCAGCUCCGCGCUCGCCAAGAUGAAUUACUGUGGUCCCGUCUCCAUCUCCGCCUAUGGCGACACCAAUGGGAUCCCUGUAUCUGUCCAACAAGCCCUCUCCAGCACCGGCAUCGCCCUCAACCACGUCCCCGCUGGUGUGAAAGAUGCUAGUGACAAGAAGAUAUUAGUCGAUAUGCUGUUCUGGGCAGUAGACAACCCUGCCCCUGCAAACUUUAUGCUAAUUUCGGGAGACAGAGAUUUCUCUAAUGCGCUUCAUCAACUGCGCAUGAGGAGGUAUAACAUACUUCUAGCACAGCCGCAAAAAGCAUCCGCACCCCUUGUUGCUGCAGCGAAGACUGUGUGGCUUUGGACCAGCCUCUCUGCCGGAGGACACCCACUUUCGAGUGUUGAAUCAUCACAGUUCGCUAAUGGUCAUUAUACCUCUACUAGCAGUUCUGAAAACCUUUCUUCUGGAAAUCAAAGGCCUUCCAGUAGUGAAAGGGCUGGUGAUAACAAAAAUAAGGGAAAGAAUGGUCGAAAAGCCAUAAAUCAGUCAAGCACGUCAUGGGCCUCAAGCGUGCCAGCUUCAACUCAAGAGAGUAAAAACAAUGAUUACCCUUACCAACCGGAACAUACAGAACCCAACCAGUUUAAGAAAGCCCCACAUGAAUUCUUUGGUUUCAUUGAGCCUGUAGUCUCUGUAAGUCGGUCUACUUCAGAUUUGUUUCCUGGCAGUUCUGAAAGUUCAGGGAGUAAUAGCAUUAAUUUCGUAGGUAUUGCACAAAAUCAAUAUUCUCUUCCUUUGAGGCCAAACAACCCCCAUAUGCAACCUCCUUUUGGACUAGAGAAUCUGCAUCUUGUAAAUUCUCAUAGUCAGGGUGGUUUUCGUCCAAUUUCUCCUAGACCUGAUGGCCCCAGGUUUUUUUCAGCUCGACACACAAGUAUGCCUGAUAUGGGUAGUCUAAGUAUCCCUGAAUCACCCGGAUAUGCUCAAAAUCCUCCUAAUGGCCAACACCGAAGUGGAGAAGAAUUUAGGCCUAACUCUACUGAAUCUCCAUAUCCUGCUCGUGUAAAUGUAACACAAAAGGGCCAUGGCCCGACAUUUCAUCGUGAUACUAUGAGCAACAGGUAUCCCCGCGGUUCUGGAUAUCGACCACCAGCAUCUCCUCCUAUAAAUGGUGUUUCUAGUAAUGGUGGCUGGGGAUCUCGAGGGCGUUCACCACCUUCUGAGUAUGUGCAAGGCCUUAUUGGUGUAAUCCUGCUUGCCUUAAACACCCUGAAAAUCGAAAAGAUUAUGCCUACUGAAGCGAAUAUAACUGACUGCAUACGUUGUGGAGAUCUGAAACAUCGCAAUACUGAUGUAAAAAAGGCCUUAGAUAGUGCGAUCGACCAAAAUAUGGUAGUGAAACAGAACCUAGGUGCAGUGCAGUUGUAUGUCAGUAAAAAUGAGAAAUUAUGGAAGUGUGUGAACCCUAUCGGUGGUAAUCCUAUGCAGUACCCAAAAGAAACAUGGGAUAGUAUACAAAAUUUUCUUGCUUCCUCAGCUGGCAGAUUGGCCAUGAUGGCUUCUCAAUGCAGAUAUGAAGCAGCUUUGACUUUAAGGAAAGAAUGCUUAGAAAAGCUUGCUUUGGGUGAUGUACUCCAGAUAUUGAACAUGGUCACUUCCUUGAAGAAAUGGAUUAUUACCCAUCACUCAGGAUGGCAACCGAUUACCAUUACUCUUGCAGAGUCUAAAACUGAUAAAUAGGUGUCGAAACCGGUGCUUGAUUAUAUCAAAAUCGGUCUUGGCAUCCAAAAACUGUCGUUAUGAUGGCUACAGGUGCAAGUUUAUCAUCAUUUAAUUGGACUGACUAGAGGAACACAGGUCACACUCUUGAAAGAACUACAAUAUCUGAAAAGUUAUGGUAGGUGGAACUUUUAUAUUGUGGGUUGUGUAGGGUUAGGUUAUAUGCUUUCAAAGUUUACUUUGCUGAAAACUAGCUGGCAUCUACAGAAUUAAAACUCGCUUUUGGUAAGGACACCCGUUAAAAUACUGCAAUUCUCCCGCAGCCUGGUGGUUAUAAGCUGCUCUCUGCACCCUAGUCGUUUUUUCUUUUUUCCUUUUUUCCUUUUAUUUUUUUUUAAAUGUUUUCACCCGAGCUACAAGGUCAUUGCCAUAUAUUCUUAAUUAGAGAUACUCCUUUCUAGGCCUUGUUUGUAAAAGGUAAAGUACUUAAGAAAGGCACAAGGGAAGAGUCUUAAGCUUUUGUUUAAGUACAUAAAAUUGUAAGCAAGUUUCAUAGCCAUGGCUGUACAAUCUUUGGAGCACGGCCAGCGUGAUCAGGUUAUGCCGAUUAUUGUAUUUUAGGGGCCCAUGAUACAAGUUCUAUUGAAGACAUGCUGAUACUUCUGUUGAAGAGUCUUGAGCUGGCCAUUUCGUUAUCAUUGAGGAGUUUAGUUGUACACUUAGCGGACUGGAGGAAAAUCUGAAGAGAAAGAUAGAAGCAGUCCCAUAGAUCAUCAAAAAGUAUAUAAGGUAUGCUCAAUUCAGAGUUUCUUCAUGGAUGGUGACUCGUUGUAUUGACCUUGGAAGUAUGAGAAGGGUGCAUUGUUUAUGCAGACAGACUAUUUGCACUUGUCUACAAUUUCUGGAUUGUGGAGGGCACGACGGUUUUAAUGCAGUAAAGUACAGCUGGAGCUACAUGUAUUUUACCUUGAAAUUGAUUGUAUCGAUUAUUUCUUUGGCAGAGAGAAAAUCUGGGAAGAAACACUGAUGCAAUCUAUUUGAAAAUGUAUUCUUUUACACUA